AUGGAGGAAGUUCUUUUACAGUGCGCCCAGGUCCUGUGGGACUUUUCCAGACUCAAUCAGAUUCUUAGACGGAGCGAGGUGAUGAUAGUCCUAGGCAACGAUGACCCACGCUGUGCCCAGCACGCUGCUGACCUCUUCCUAGAGGGCUGGACAGAUUUUGUCCUCAUUUCUGGCAAAGAGGGCACAGGAACUAGAGGAAAACUGCCUAUGAAUAAAACAGAAGCAGACGUAUUUUGCGAGAUAAUGGUAUCAAAGGGUGUCCCAUUCGACCGAAUCUUCCUGGAGCUUGAAGCAACUAACACCGGUGAAAACAUCCGUUUCUCCCAGCGCAUGCUUGAAAGAACGGGCCUCAUAAUUAGAAGUGUUAUGCUUGUCACCAAAAGUUUGAUGGAACGGCGAGCAGCAUUGACCUUUCAAAAACAGUGGGUUGCGUCUGAAAAAGUCCAUCUCUGUGUGUCAUCCCCACCGCUGUCGCUGAUGGAAUAUCCCAGCUCCUGCGUGGGCACGAUGGACGAGGUGGUGGUUUUUCUGAUGGAAAUAUUUGAGAAGUUCACAGACUACGCAGAGUGUGGGCAUCAAGCAGCGGUAGAAAUCCCAGGACAUGUUCAGAGAGCUUACUCUAUACUGGCAGCUCAGAAACACAGGAAGUGCUGGCACUAA